GGAGAUCUGUGAAACUUAAGAUUAGACUGCAGCCUCAAAUUUAGAUGAGUUGCUUUCCCCCACCCCCACAAAAAGAGUGGGCCAUUCUAAUCAGGGUUUCUCUUUCUCCUAAGCUAAUGAUGAUCCAAGCAACUGACAAACUGUCACGGAAUCUGCCAGACCUCACUCUGGCCUUGCCACUUCUCCCCAGCUCCUGAACUUUUCCUCCUUCUCUCAUACUCUGAGCUCAUUCUUAGUAAACUACCAGGUCCUGGUCCGGAGCCAUCUUGGGCCUGUUGAGCUCUAGUCCAAGUGCCUGCCUCUGCCCCCUGGUGGCCCAAUGAUAGAGCUUAAUGGAGGUAUCUUCCAAACCUUCCUCCAGCAUUGACCCAGGCAACUACACUGAAGUGAAUGAUUUGAUCACCGAGAUACCCUCUAAAGUGCAGAUACAAGAUAUUACUAUGGAGCUACACUGUCCUCUGUGUAAUGAUUGGUUCCAGGAUCCACUGAUGCUAACCUGUGGCCACAACUUCUGCCAGGCCUGUAUUCAAAACUUUUGGAAACAGCAAGCAAAGGAAAUAUUCUGUCCUGAGUGUAAGAUGAUCUGUCAGUAUAGCAACUGUACAUUCAAUCUUGUACUGGAGAAGCUGGUAGAGAAAAUUAAGAAGCUACCCCAACUCAAAAGCCAGCCACAGUGCCCAGAGCAUGGAGAGAACCUGAAACUGUUCAGCAAGCCAGAUGGGAAACUGAUCUGCUUUCAAUGCAAAGAUGUUCGGUUGUCUGUGGGGCAGUCCAAAGAGUUCCUGCAGCUCUCCGAUGCUGUCCACUUCUUCAUGGAGGAGCUCACCAUCUAUCAGGGUCAGCUGGAGGCAACCCUGAAGGAGCUUCAGUCCUUGAAGAACAUGCAGCAAGAUGCUAUUGCUACUUAUAAGGAAAACAAGCUACAUCUGCAGCAACACAUCUCCUUGGAGUUUCUAAAGCUGCAUCAGUUCCUGCACAGCAAAGAAAAGGACAUUUUAAACGAGCUCUGGGAAGAGGGGAAAGCCUUGAAAGAGGAGAUGGAGUUGAAUCUGAAUCAGCUUCAAGAACAGAAUCUACUAGCCAAGGACAUGUUGGCAAGCAUCCAGGCACGGAUGGAUCAGCAGAAUUCCUUCGACUUUCUCAAAGACAUUACACCUCUCUUGGAUAGCUUGGAGCAAGGAAUGAGGGUGCUGACACCCAGAGAGCUUAUCUCCAGAAAGCUGAAUCCCGGCCUGUACAAAGGUCCCAUUCAGUACACGAUGUGGAAGGAAAUGCAGUCUACUCUCUCUCCAGGCCUAUCUCCAUUAACUCUGGACCCUAAAACAGCUCACCCAAAUUUGGUGCUCUCCAAAAACCGAACCAGUGUGUGGCAUGGUGACAUUAAGCAGGUAAUGCCCGAUGAUCCAGAAAGGUUUGACUCAAGUGUGGCUGUGCUGGGCUCAAAAGGCUUCACAUCUGGAAAGUGGUAUUGGGAAGUAGAAGUAGCAAAGAAGACGAAAUGGACAGUUGGAGUUGCCAAAGAAUCUAUCAUUCGGAAAGGCAGCUGUCCUCUAACUCCUGAGCAAGGAUUCUGGCUUUUAAGACUAAGGAACCAAGCUGAUCUAAAGGCUCUGGAUUUGCCACCUUGCAGUCUGAAACUGACUAACAACCUCAACAGGGUGGGCAUAUACCUGGAUUAUGAAGGAGGGCAGGUGUCCUUCUACAAUGCUAAAACCAUGGCCCACAUUUAUACUUUCAGUAGUACUUUCAUUGAGAAACUUUAUCCCUAUUUCUGCCCUUGCCUUAAUGAUGGUGGAGAGAAUAAAGAACCAUUGCAUAUCUUACAUCCACAGUAAUUAGUCAUACUAUGGUGUAAAUUCAAGGCAUUAUUAAAGAGGUAUUGAAAUAGUUUA